UCCGUUCACAUCUCACUUCCGGCCUGUGGGUUGCUGACGUUCUUUUCCGGUCGUGGUAGCUCUCUGUAAGCAAUGGGGAUACUCAUGAUGAGGCUGCUGGCAUUUGUGACGUUAGUUCUAUUAGCUGUCACUCGAGCAGAGGAAGGAGCCAGGCUUUUGGCUUCCAAAUCGCUGUUGAACAGAUAUGCUGUGGAAGGGCGGGACCUGACCUUACAGUACAACAUCUACAAUGUUGGCUCAAGUGCUGCAUUGGAUGUGGAAUUAUCUGAUGAUUCCUUUCCCCCAGAGGACUUUGGCAUUGUCUCUGGUAUGCUGAAUGUCAAAUGGGACCGUAUUGCACCUGCUAGCAAUGUCUCCCACACUGUGGUCCUGCGACCUCUCAAGGCUGGUUACUUCAACUUCACCUCGGCAACUAUCACCUAUUUGGCCCAAGAGGAUGGGCCUGUUGUGAUUGGCUCUACCAGUGCACCUGGACAAGGAGGAAUCCUGGCUCAGCGGGAGUUUGAUAGGAGAUUCUCCCCUCACUUUCUGGACUGGGCAGCCUUCGGAGUCAUGACCCUUCCCUCUAUCGGCAUCCCCCUGCUCUUGUGGUACUCCAGCAAGAGGAAAUACGACACGCCCAAAACCAAGAAGAACUGAGCUGGGCUCUUACCCACCUCUCUCAAGAAACCAGGUGCUUUCCAGACUCCAGAGGGUCUCUCAAAUGUAUUCUCUUCGUCUUGGCCACCUUCUCCUGGAUCCUGCUCUCAGCCAGAGUAUAAAGGACUAGACCUGGGAACCUGGGAGCCUUCUUGGUUCCACACCCUGAAGCCAUAAAAACAGGGAUGCCUUGGGCCACAGCCUGCAGGGUCUCUGCCUCUGGGGCCCCGCUGAGGUGCUGUGGGUGUAUUGCUGGCCAUGGCGGUCCAAGAGGGGCCUAUGGAGGUUGCCAGAGUCCUCCUCAUCCCCAUCCCUCCCUACCCCCAGUCAGAAAGCUGUGGGACUCUUAGAGGCCAUCCAGUCUCUGUUCUAGGUAAGGAAGCACUUACCAAAUGGGGUUUUCUAAUAAAAACAAAUAUCACUUGGA